UAGGUUUUCCGAUCGGGCAGUAUUUCACUACGUGUAUUAUUUGUAAAUAUAAUUUUAUUGAACUAGUCAACAUAAAUUAAACGGUGAAAUAAAAACAUUAAAAUCAUAACACUGAACUCGCAGCAAUAUAACCUCAACAUGUCAACAACACAACCACACAGCUGUGAAACAAACAAUUGUAAUGGAUCCAGAUAUUAUGGAUGGUCUCUGAAUUGCCGGUUUUGUGGUAAAAAAAUAUUUGUUGAGUGUCUACGCCAGCUUGAUGAAUUGAGAACGAAGGAGUUAUUGCAUGCGUUUGAACUGAUGUCUAAAACUGUAAGAAGUGAUGGUACUUUCGAAUGGAAGAUAUUAUCGGACAAACCCAGCAAAUAUUCCGAAUUUCUUCAAAUGUUCAGCGCUGAUUCAAUAUUCGGAAUAACAUGUCAUUGCUGUGCAACUAAGUUCAACAAGAUAACCACUGAAAUGGAGCACAGAGAAGUAUCCAUUCAGCGAUUGAGUGAAGAAAUCGUUAAAUCUGUCAACAAAUCGAUACAAAACAAAUUGAAUAAUGGUUUAAUUGAUUUAGGUGCAUCAUCUUCAGCUAGUCAUAGUGACAACAAAAACACCAAUCCGAAAAAAACACCUGGGCCACAAAAAAUCACACCGAUAAAUGGUAUUUAUUCAAUUCAUGUUUCUCGUUUGCCGAAAGAUGCUACCUCCGAUGAUGUAACUGCCAUUAUCAUUGCCAACUCUGAAAUUCACACUGAUGCCUUUUCUGUUGAGAAAAUUCCAAACAAACGGUUCAAAGUGAAAAAGCAAUCUGAUGGUACAGCUCAGAAGAAAAAUAAACAAAACGCCGAAAAAAAACGAACAACACAACAUAAUUCUGAUAACAACAACAAUCGUUUGCAACAAAUGCAUCACCAUCCAUCACAAAUUCCAAUGCAAAUGCCACAACAUCUACCACCACAAAUGCCAAUAUCUGCGGACACUGAAAAAUAUCAGCGAGUCAAGAAGAAAGGCUGGGGUGGUGUACUAAUUGCAGUAGAAAAAUCGUUGCAACCACAAUGCAUUGGAACAGCCGAACAUCUUGGAGCGGAACAAGUCUGGGCAAAAGUCAAGUAUAAUGGCAGAAAUUUAAUACUGAUCCAGCUAUACAUUCGACCAGACUCACCGUUUGAAGUCUACAAAGCAAACAUGAAUGCACUACGUGAAGUCGCUUCUAAAGCAAAUCAAAACGAUGUGUUGUUGGUAUCGGGUGAUUUCAAUCUCCGGAAUCUGAUCUGGUACACAUGCAACAACAAUGCUGAUUAUGAUCCUGAUGACAUUUUUCAACACAAUCCAAAUGUAGCAGUGGCUAUCAAUGCG